CUCUCGCUCUCUCUCAGUAGCACGUGGAAGAGGCAAUUUCGGACUGACGCAGGAAUACAGAACCUUCCUUCCCCUUUAUCAUUUUAUUAUCAUUAUAUUCCAGUACAUUGUAAUAGAAAAAAGAUAAGAGCAAGUGACAAAAAAAAAAAAAAAAAUAGACGACGUAAGACAAAGUGGGAACAGACAAAAGGAGGACAAGAGUGGAGAUUAAUAAUUCGUGACUGAAUUUGAGAUCAAGAUUAAGGUAAGUGGAAGUGUUUAGGUUUGAAAUUGUCAGAAUAUCAUGGCAAGUGGAAACAACAGUGGACUUGGUUCUUCAAUAUUCCGUGGAACAUUGCAUGGAAACAGUAGUAAUUUGGGAGGUGGCAGCAGCAACAGCAACAACAGCCACCACCAGCACCACCACCACCAUCAGCACCACCACACAGCCAGCCACAGCCACCAUUUGCCACAAGCUGGAGUGCAGCCCACUGCCCCACCACCACAGCCUACACUGGGGCCCAUGUCCAUAAACUCAGAUGAGAGUCCACGAGGAAGGGGCACGCCAAGGAGUCCUGACCACAUGUCAAACAUCAUGGCCAAGCUGUGGUUUGACCAUAAUGUUGAGUAUGCCCUUUCUUCCCUGAAGAAGGAGGAGCAUGAGAAGCGCACCCGGGACCUCCGCAAGCAGCUUGAGUACAUCAGUGACACCAACUGGAAGUACUCCCCCGUGGAGAAGUACAUCGGUCAACAGUAACUGCCUGGCUGUAUGUAUGUGUGUAUAUCAGAGUAUACUUGCAACACCUUCAAUAUUUGUCUGAAAACUGACAUUUCCCUUUUUUGGUGGAAAUAUAAACGAAUGAUCUCAAAAAAUGGGAUAUUGGUGUUUUGUUUGUGGUGACUACUGAGAAGCCUUGAUAGAUGGUUCCAAAGAGAAGGUGUACUUUACUUGUUUUGUAGUGUAACUCAGAUUGUGAUGGCAUGUCUGUGAAAAGAGAGCAAAUUCAUGGCACAUAAUUGUGUAUGAAAAUUAAAAGAAAAUUAUAGAUACAAGAGAACUUUGUCUUGUGAGAUUCACCACAUGACCAAAUAACAAGUUUUAUGAACAAAGAAUUCUAGAAGACAAGCAGCAUAAUGAUCACUCUGGUGCAGAAAGCCAUGAGGUAUGCUGCUGGGGGUAGCAAGAGCACCCAGCUUGAAGAGACAGUGAGCUGCAGACCAAAGCUGGAGGACUUUGUGUCGACAAGUCUCUCGGGACCAGAGACGAAGGAGUUUGAAGGACUGGUGACGUCCACAGACUGUUCAUGUGUUGUUAUUGACCAGGAUGUUUACUGUGAUCCAUCAGACUUCCCACCAAACAGGAAGGUGUCCGUGGGUGUCAGGGUGAGAGGCUUGGCUCAGAGGGGAGGCAAACAUGAAAUGUGGCGAGCAAAGAAAAUAGAGGUAGUACAGGAAGACUGGGAUGCCAGCCUUUACUGCUCAGCAAGAAUCAGUGGUGAUGGAAAGAAAUCCACUGCAUGCGUUGCUGCUGGUGAUUGUGAAGCAACACCAUGCAAAGACCUUGCUAAGGUGAUCCCAGGGAGUUUCAAGAGGGAUUUUUUGUCCUCAGUGUCAUCAGGAUCUUUCCAGCCAAGAUGCUUACCUGACUGCAGUGAAGCUUUGGCCAGGACAGGACCAUCAAAAGCUGUCAUUGGAAAGGUGACUGGUAUAUAUGGGGAUACCGUUACUCUCAAUGACAGUGUUUGCUGCAGCCUGGCUAGUGCAAACACCAGCAUGGAUUUAGUAACAGGAGACUGGAUAGUGUGUGAUGUAGAUGGUAAUUCCUGUGUUACUGGUGAGCCCAGUGAGGCACAAGGGAUCAUCCAGGUGUCUUCUUUCAAGCCGUUGAGAAAGAAGAGAGUGAAAGGAGAGGUCACUCAUUCUUACCGGACACAUUUCAUUGUCAAUGAUGAGAUUUUCUGCAGCAGAACCAUAAGAGGAGCUGCUUUUGCCAAAACUGGGGAUGCCAUGACUGUGGAGGUCAUAGAGAGCCAGCAGGGAAGCUUGUGCUGGCGGGGUGUUAUUGUUGCCUCUGCUGUCACCGCUCCUUCUACACAGGACCCAGGAAGUGUUGUGUCCAUGGUGGAACUGAGUACCCUGCCAGACACUGAUAUAGGAAGAGACAGAAUGCAGAAAAUGAUUGAAGACAAAGGAGAUAUUGUAAUAACCCAAACAAUAAGGUUCCCUCAAGUGACAUUUGGAGCAGCAGCUUUCACAGAUGUGUCCAUUGAGAACAUAGGGCCAAGACCAAGAACCUUAAAGAGAGUGUACUUUGCUUGUUCAUCUCAGGAGAGCCAGUUCAGUGUGACAUCGUGUUCAGCUGGAGGAUUGGUGGACGGCACUGCAAGAACACUAGAGCCUGGAGCAAAGGUCAUGGUGAAGCUGUGUUGUGCUGGUACACUCAUUGGCUUGUUCAGACAGCUGUGUAUAUUUGAAUUUGAGAGCUUUCAUGUUGGGAGGCAUGUAAGUGGAAAUGUGGAGGAUCCUGUCAUGGCUUCCCUGGCGCCAGCUUCCUGUCACACCCAUUGGGCACAGCACCACUCACUGAGCAGACCCAACGAGAGGGGCAUCAUCACGGGGCAGAGAUCCUUCAAGCCCUCACCAUUCAUACCAGUGAAGCUUCCUGGCAUGCGUGUCCCUGAAAGUCUGUGGCAUGAAGUGAACAUGGGAGACCUCUUCCAUGUAGCAGCUGAGCUCAGAGAACCUCUCAGUGCAGACAACCACAAGAAGAAGUUUUCUCUCUUGCUCCAUUUAGAAGAGAUAAAGAUGACACAACAAAUGAGAGAGUUUGAUAUAGCAAGAGCAAGCUUCACAGUGUGUGGAGAGUUCCUGAGCCUAACAGUGCCUGGGCUGGCAGAGAAGCGUCCCUCACUGUUGAUAGGAGACACAGUGAUUGCCACAGACCUAUGCAACAAUUGGAAUGUGGAAUAUGAGGGAUGCAUCCACCAGGUGCUCCACACACAGAUCCUUUUAAAGUUUCACUCAUCAUUCCACAACAACUAUCAUGGCGAAGACUACAAGGUGAGGUUCAACUUUAACCGGACUCCCCUGCGAAGGUGUCACUUUGCCCUCACCCACACCAUGAGGCAGCUGGGUCCUGAUGUCCUCUUCCCCUUCAGAUUAAAGCUUCAGCUCCCUCAAGUUUGCUAUAUUGAUCCUGAAGUACAACAACUAACGAGGAGGUGGAAGCAGUGCCUGUCAACAAGUCACCAGCUGCCCUUUGUGGCCAAGGCCUCCACCAAACUUGCAGCAGAUGUGUCUGAGUGUAGCAGUGUAGCAAGUGAAGAAUCAGAAUCUGACAACAAAGACACAAUGGCUUGUCACAGCAAACAAAAGCAUGAACAGGAAAAGGGAAGACAAGCAUUGAGUCAGCAUAAGAAUAUUCAACAAGACUUUUCUAACUCACCAGAGUGGGUUGGUCUGCAUCAUGAAGGAAAGGCUAACAAAGUUGUCACUCCCACCACCAAACUAAUCCCGCGGUGUUUGGAUUUGGCCGUGUACAGGAGUGCAAACAGAGACAAGACAUCAGGGAACAGAAAUAAAGAAUUGGAAGCAGAGGGCAGCUUCACUAAUGAGAAUCCUAGUAUGAAAGAAGAUGUUAGUAAUUUUAUGUGUGGGAACUAUCAUUUAGAAAAUAAAAAGAGAAAUAACUUAACAGUUGGAAACUCAUUACAGUGGAUGAAGGAGAAACACACUCCCAGUGAGUUUGGUGGAAAUGAACAACAUAGAAAUUCCAAGGCACAUCCCAGUGAAAGGUUUGGAAGCAGCGUUGCCCACACUACACUGAAGAACAAAGUCGACUAUGUUGUACCGGUGCUGCCAUUGCCUCACUCAAGGGAAAAAACUCAGAAUUUCAAGAAGCUUCCGGUCCUGAAAUGGUUUAAUAAGAGCCUGAAUCAAGAGCAGAAGUUGGCGGUGCGUAGGAUCUUGGAGGGAACCACUCGGCCUCUGCCUUACAUCAUCUUUGGUCCACCUGGCACUGGCAAGACUGUGACUGUGGUGGAGGCUGCUCUUCAGAUCCUCACCUUGAUACAUCAUAGCCGGCUGUUGCUCGUGACACCAUCCAACAGUGCAUCAGACCUUGUGGCAGAGAGGCUAGUGGAGUUUGGGGGGCUGGAGACAAGUGACAUGGUGCGCCUCAUUGCUUACCAGAGAUUGAAGGAGAGCAUCCCUGAGGUGAUUCUUCCUUAUUGCUGCAAUGGUGAUGAGGUGGAGGUGCGCACCCACCAGCGGGUAGUGGUUGCCACGGCAACAUGUGCCGGGAUGCUGUACAUGCAGGGCCUCCACAGGGAACACUUCACCCACGUGCUGGUAGAUGAGGCGGGUCAGCUGACUGAGCCAGAAUGUCUGUUGCCUCUCGGGCUGGUGAACAGAGUAACUGGGCAAAUAGUUCUGGCUGGAGAUCCCAAACAGCUGGGUCCUGUCAUACAGAGUGGGCUUGCCCGGCAAGGAGGUCUGGAGCAGUCCCUCCUGCAGCGCCUGUGUCAGACUGUCCUCUACCAGGCUCAAGAAGAGAGUGAGUCCAGUGGCUGGGAGUACGAGCCCAGCUUGGUGACACAGCUGGUGAGGAAUUACCGCUCCCACCCUCACAUCCUGGCUGUCCCUUCCUGCCUCUUCUACAACAACACCCUUCAGGCUUGUGCUGAUGUCAAGGCACAAGAGCACCUUCUGCUGUGGGAGGAACUACCAUGUCACUCCUGCCCAAUCCUCUUCCAUGGAGUUGAUGGGACAAACCUUCAGGAGGGAGAGUCUCCUUCAUGGUUCAACCCUGCUGAGGCUUUUCAGGUUGUGAGGUAUACCAAUAGUUUGCUUUUGCAUGGUGUGGAGAAAAGAAACAUUGGAAUUAUCACACCAUACAGGAAACAGGUAGAGAAGGUCCUGAAGCUGCUGACCACCUAUGGAAUUGAGGGCGUGAAGGUGGGCUCAGUGGAGGAGUUCCAGGGGCAGGAGCGGCAGGUGGUGCUCAUCUCCACCGUCAGGUCCUCCUCAGACAGGAUUGAGGAAGAUGCAAAAUACAGCCUUGGCUUCAUUAAGUGCAGCAAAAGGUUCAAUGUUGCUGUCACCAGAGCUCAGGGCUUGCUGGUGGUGGUGGGCAACCCUCUCUUGCUGAGCAUGGAUCACUCCUGGAAAGAAUUUAUCAAAUUUUGCAUUAAAAAAGGUUCUUAUCGUGGUCCUGAACUUCAGGGUAUUUAG